AUGAGAAAUCUCUUUCCAAGCGAAAGCAAGGAAUUCCACAAUCAAACAUCACUCAGCACUGUAACCGAUGAAGAACUUAUUGAUAACUCCGCAUUAAUAAACAAACCAAAAGGCUUUGCCAAAUUUGUAAUUUUUAUUUUAUUCAUUUUAUCAUUUGGAAUCUUACGCCUUAUUGGUCUUGUUCUUGCAUUGUUAGUAUAUAUCUUGUUCAUGAUGCCAGUAAUUCCAUUCCUAGGAACAAGAUUUGUUAAACACUUCACAAAGUACGGUAUUUUUAUUACUCAAUGCUAUAUCCGUGUAUUUGCCUUUUGCUGCGGAAUGUUCUAUAUCAAAGUUGAAGGACAAUUCGAGCCAGACACAAGAAUGUUUUGCUUUAAUCACCAAACUCUCUUUGAUGGUCCACUAAUCUAUAUCUACAAGGUAUUUACUGUCAUUUCUAUGGCUGAAAUGCUCAAAGUUCCAUUGUUUGGCCAAAUUUUGGCAGCUGUUGAUACAGUUUUCAUCGAUAGAACAAAGGCAGCAGGAGCCUCAACAUACAUAACAGAAGCAAUUGAGCAGGAAAAUCGUUAUCCAGUUGCUUUGGCCCCAGAAGGAAAGACCACACAAGGAAAAUUCUUAUUAAAGUUCCAUUCUGGCGGUUUCCUUACAACAAAGCCAUUCCAAACAGUCACUAUCAGAUAUACAACAUACGGAACAUUCGGUCUUGUCGGUUACAAUUGGAAUGUUGGCGGAUUUGGAUCAUUUAUUUACAGAACCCUUUCAAUUCCAUUUGCUACAGUCACAAUUUCGAUUUCCAAGCAACAUACAACAGAAGAAAUCAAGGACAUGAAGCCAGAAGAAAGAGCACUGUUAGCCAACCUCGAAAUCGCCAAUAAACUGGGACUGAAGGCUUCUGAUCGUACAAAUACUGAAGCUGUUAACUUGUUAAAUGAAUACUUAGGAAAGAAAGUGAAAAAAGAUUAA